GUUCAGUCUUACAUGAUGUUGGAGUGUGUGUGUUGGCGUCCCAAUACUUUUGUCCACAUGGUGCAUGCUUUCAGGUUUGGUGUGGACGACCGCAUUUAACACAUUUGGGAUGAAUCGGAACGCCUACUGCGAGCCAGACAUGUCAUUCCAGUCUCAGUGAUGUUCUAUUGAUCGAAUUCACACGUCUCCGACGGAGCUGAGACUGUUAUGAGUGCAAAGGUGGAGCGAAUCUGCGCUCAGAGCGCGAGGCGCGCCUGCACACGUGCACGCGCACAAGCACACGCACCCGCACACGCGCGUGCGAUGUGACGGACGGGAUUACAGCGCGCGCUGGCUUCGACGCGGCUCGAGCCGACCCACACGUCCAGCCGUCAGAGGAAGCAGCAGCAGACAGUACCGGCUCCGCUCCCACCGCGACACGGAUGCUCGGGGUCUGCGGUAGCAUGGACGUCCAACUAGAGCAAGUCCUUGUCAACUAGCCCGUGGAAGAGGCGACUCCAGCCAUGCCUGACCCCGCCCCACUCCCUCCGUCCCCGCCUCUCUCCAUCCUGAACUGCUCAUCGCCCAACUGUACCCUGGCGAACCUUUCCGCCUUUCUGGCGCAUCCAGACGAGUGCCACGCCAACCAGUCCCUGUUUGUGAUCCUGGCUGUUGCGUACAGCGCCGUGGCCUUCCUGGGUAUAACGGGCAACAUGGCGCUGAUCGUGGUAAUCUGGCGCCAGCGUGAGCUUUCCAACGCCACCACUGUGCUCAUCGCCAACCUGUCGGCCUCGGAUCUACUCAUGGCGCUCGUGUGCCUGCCGUUCACGUUCGCCUACACGUUCAUGGACCACUGGGCGUUCGGGGGCGCCAUGUGCAAGCUCAACGGCCUGACGCAGUGCACCUCCGUCUCCGUCUCCAUCUUCUCCCUCGUCCUGAUCGCUGUCGAGCGCCACCAGCUGAUUGUGCGCCCGCGCGGCUGGCGGCCCAGCGUCCCCCAGGCCUGGGUGGGCGUCGGCCUCAGUUGGGGUCUGGCCGUGCUCACCGCCUUGCCUCUUCUGCUGUUCACCGCCACCACGGACGCGCCCCUGCGCCAGCUGCCCGCCGUCCUUCAGGAGCACUACCGCGGCAAGGUGGUCUGCAUGGAACAGUGGCCUUCGCGCCAGUUCAAGCUGGCGUACUCCUCCACUAUGCUGCUGCUGCAGUACGUCGGGCCCCUCAUCUUCAUCUUCAUCUGCUACCUGAAGAUCUACGUCCGUCUGAGGCAGCGGAAGAACGUGAUGGAGCGGAUCCGGGAGAACAAGUACCGCAGCAGCCAGACGAAGCGCAUCAACGCCAUGCUCUUCUCCAUCGUGGUGGCCUUCGCCGUCUGCUGGCUGCCGCUCAACGUCUUCAACGCCGUGGUGGACUGGAACCACGAGGCGGCCAUGAACUGCACCCACGACCCCCUGUUCUCCCUGUGCCACCUGACCGCCAUGUGCUCGGUCUGCAUCAACCCCGUCUUCUAUGGCUUCCUGAACCGCAACUUCCAGCGGGACAUGCAGUCCUUCCGCCUCUGCAAGAGGUUCUCCGCCAGGGAGGAGGAGUACGACACCGUGGCCAUGUCCACCGUCCAGACCGACCUGUCCAAGGCGUCCGUGAGGUUCAGCAGCGCCGAGAUCUAGACGAACCGUGGACUGCUGGACCUUGAUUUGUGCAGUCUUUGCCGGAAACUUCCCAAGUUCGAGGCUGAGGCGACUGCCCUGGAAUCGCUGGGACGCCAAUCGAUUUGAUAGACCCGGCAGCGUUGGGUGAGGUGAGGUGUCCAAAUACUUUCGGCCAUGAGGAGCGUAGGAGUGCCUUCAAGGUCUGAGGGUGUCUGAGGGAGUCUCCCCAAGAGUCGGACCUCGACGGCCGGUACUAAUCUGUUGCGCAUCUUGCCCCACAGACUUAAAAAGAAUGUGGACACCUUCUUAUUCAUGAUAUAAAAUAAAGUAGACGCUUCCAGUUUGGUGGCCUUUAACCUCAUGGAACAGCUUAGAGAGGGGCAGUCGUACCCUAGUAAAUAAGGUACUGGACUAGUCAUCGAAAUGUCACAGGUUCAAGCCCCACCACUGCCCGGUUGCCACUGUUUGGCCCUCAGACGUCUACAGAUGGAUUUGGAACGAACUCGGUAAUUAUGAGGGGUGUCCCAAAACUUUUAACCAUAUAGUGGACCCCUCUAGUGGCAGGCCCACAUCCCAAACAAGGGCGCUACCGUUCCCUAAGUUUAGAACUCUCUCACCAGUCAUGUCUUCAUUUAAAUAUAUAUAUAUAUAUAUACACUAUAUGGCCAAAAGUAUUUGGACACCUGACCACAAGAUCUUUUCAGCUAGCACAACAGCCUCUCUUCUUGAGUGUUGGAAUUUGUGCCCAUUCGGCCACUACAUGUCUUUAUAGAGCUUGUUUUAUGUACAGAAGAGGGCAGAAGCAUAUCAUUAUCAAAGAUUACAAGGGGCGUCUAGAUACUUUUGUCCAUAUAAAGACGUUGUGUUGUGUAAAAAUAUUUUCAUAUCUGACAUGAAUGUAAACAUCAGUACAUAAACAAACACGUACCUGGGUGUGUUUGUGUUAUAUAUUGUUUAUAUAUAUUGAUAUUAUUAAAGUAUAUCCCAGUUGUAACAGACGGCUGGACUGUGUGAUAGACGUGAUUUUUUAUUACAUGGAGAUCCGUAUAGCGCACGGAGAGUCACUCGCCCUCUCCACCGUCUCUGUGACAGUGCCAUCGAUCAGCCAGCAGAGGUCGUAACUUCAGCAGGUAUGAGGAAUCCCUCCAAAACUUCAUUUUCAUGUUUUUAACCACUACUUUAUCCUGGUCAGGGUCGCUGUGGGUCCGGCUUGGGUGUAAUGCAGUAACGGGUGCAUGUAGAUGUAAAUAGCUCUCUUUGCCAGCGGAGGAACUGGCAACCAUUAGAUUGAGGGGAAAUUAAUUUAAAACAUUUACAUUUACGACACCACAGUUCUCUUUAGGCUGCACUGAGAAAACGAGUAGCCUUGGUAGUGCACUAAUACGCCAUAUGUGGUUUAGGACACAGCACAAAUGGUUAUGUCAAACUUUCUUACUUUUUUAUUUUAUUUACAAAAGAAAUUUAGUUCAGCAUGAGUAGCUCCCUUUAAAAAUACAGAAAAAAAGAAAAA